GUUACCUUGAUCGCUGCGCCCACCUAGCUAAGUUCAUUCAGCCCAGUGGUUAUCAAUAGAUGAUUAUAACCUUUUGACAGUAACUCUGUCACGUGGGAGACAAUCUACUUUGUACCUAUCUAAGUCCACUGGAGUCAUUGCAACAUCCGACGCCAUUAGCCGAACCAAAUCUGAAAACACGACGACGUUAUGAGGACGUUCAUCAUUCUCCUUAGCCUGGUGGCUUGUUGUUUAGCGGUUCUGCCAGUGAAAAAUGUGGACACUGUCCGAGCCUCGUUUACGGACGCAAACAUAGAAAAAGUGGUCAACCAAAUAAACAAGGAACAAGCAGCCAGCUACUUUUACCAGGCCUACAGUAAAUUUUUCAAGCGUGGCGAUAUUGCUUUGGACGGGUUCUCCAAGUGGUUUGCCACGGCGGCUAAAGAGGAAAAUGACCACGCCGAGAAACUGAUGGAUUAUCUGAACAUGCGAGGAGCAGAGAUAAACCUCGAUGACGUCAAACUGCAAACCAUCUGUGACAAAGUGACUGAAAAGCUGAGCGAUUUCCCACAAUUCAAUAGACGUGAAGCAUGUAUAUGUAACUUCAUGUCCAGAGACCUGACACAUACAGAUACAGAAUGCCUGAAGGGUCAGACUGCGUGGUUCGCAGGUCUUCAGGCCAUGCAGGACUCCUUGGUGCUUGAAAGAUACGUUAAUGAUGCACUUCUCACUCUCCACAAAGAAACAUCGAGCGACCCACACUUGAGUCACAUGUUGGAGCACGAUUUCCUUGGUGAACAAGUCGACUCCAUCAAACAGUACGCAGACUACAUCACUCAGCUUACUCGUGUGGGCUCGGGAUUCGGAGAGUACGAGUUCGACAAGACGCUUCAAUAAUAUAAACGUCGCUGUUACUCGGACGCUUAUGUAAUCAUUAUGUCUUUGUAAAUUUGACAAUUUCCCUAAUCGUAAUGAGACUUUAUAAAACAAACAUUUUAUAGAUUGAAAAACAUGUCAUGACGAAUCCAUGUAACCAUGUUUUGUAUAUGUGUGUGAAUAUCGAAAAAUAAAUCUUACAGUUUGGGUCAUCUGAA